AGGGACGGGCUGUUUCCAUGUGGCAGAUCUGCCCAGCCAUGGGAAGAUGGAGUUCGCGGAGGCUCACCGAGGCGAGGCCAUUUUUCCAUCCUCAGUCCGAGGAACUUUUUCCGCCCUUGGAAGUGCAGCAGAAAAGGCACAGAGGCCACUAGGCCUCUGAGAAGUGGCUGCCAUUUUGAAGAGAAGAGUCAGAUGGCCUGUUGACUCAAAUUAAUUGCUGUGUUUUUGGAUUCCAGGUUGAUGCUGGCUCAGGAUGGAUCAGACCUGUGAACUACCUAGAAGAAAUUGUCUGCUGCCCUUUUCCAAUCCAGUGAACUUAGAUGCCCCUGAAGACAAGGACAGCCCAUUCGGUAAUGGUCAAUCCAGUUUUUCUGAGCCACUUAAUGGGUGUACUAUGCAGUUGUCGACUGCCAGUGGAACACCCCAAAAUGGUUAUGGACAGGAUUCUCCAUCUUGUUACAUUCCACUGCGGAGACUACAGGAUUUGGCCUCCAUGAUCAAUGUAGAGUGUUUAAAUGGGUCUGCUGAUGGAUCAGAAUCCUUUCAAGACCCUGAAAAAAGGGAUUCAAGAGCGCAGUCGCCAGUUUGCACUUCCUUGAGUCCUGGUGGUUCAACAGCACUUGCUAUGAAACAGGAACUCUCUUGUAAUAACUCCCCUGAACUGCAGGUAAAAGUAACAAAGACUACCAAGAAUGGCUUUCUGCACUUUGACAAUUUUACUUGUGUGGACGAUGCAGAUGUAGAUUCUGAAAUGGACCCAGAACAGCCAGUCACAGAGGAUGAGAGUAUAGAGGAGAUCUUUGAGGAAACUCAGACCAAUGCCACCUGCAAUUAUGAGCCUAAAUCUGAGAACGGUGUAGAAGUGGCCAUGGGAAGUGAACAAGACAGCACACCAGAGAGUAGGCACGGUGCAGUCGAGUCACCAUUCUUGCCGUUAGCUCCUCAAACUGAAACGCAGGAAAAUAAGCAGAAUGAAGUGGACGGCAGCAAAGGAAAAGCAGCCCUUCUCCCAGCCCCCCUUUCGCUAGGAGAUACAAACGUUACCGUAGAAGAGCAAUUAAACUCAAUACAUUUAUCUUUUCAGGAUGAUCCAGACUCCAGUACCAGUACAUUAGGAAACAUGCUAGAAUUACCUGGAACUUCAUCAUCAUCUACUUCACAGGAAUUGCCGUUUUGUCAACCGAAGAAAAAGCCUACACCGCUGAAGUAUGAAGUGGGAGAUCUCAUCUGGGCAAAAUUCAAGAGACGCCCCUGGUGGCCCUGCAGGAUAUGUUCUGACCCGUUGAUUAACACACACUCAAAGAUGAAAGUUUCCAACCGGAGGCCCUAUCGGCAGUACUACGUAGAGGCUUUCGGAGACCCUUCAGAGAGGGCUUGGGUGGCUGGAAAAGCAAUCGUCAUGUUUGAAGGCAGACAUCAAUUUGAAGAGCUACCUGUCCUUAGGAGAAGAGGGAAGCAAAAAGAAAAAGGAUAUAGGCAUAAGGUUCCUCAGAAGAUUUUGAGUAAAUGGGAAGCCAGUGUUGGUCUUGCUGAACAGUAUGAUGUUCCCAAAGGGUCGAAGGACCGAAAACGUGUCACCAGUUCAAUCAAGUUGGAUAGUGAGGAGGACAUGCCAUUUGAGGACUGUACAAACGAUCCUGAGUCAGAACAUGAUUUGUUGCUUAAUGGCUGCUUGAAAUCUCUGGCUUUUGAUUCUGAACAUUCUGGAGAUGAGAAGGAAAAGCCCUCUGCUAAGUCUCGAUCCAGAAAGAUCUCUGAUAAUCCAAAAAGGACUAGUGUGAAAAAGGGCCAUAUGCAAUUCGAAGCACAUAAGGAGGAGCGGAAGGGAAAGAUUCCAGAGAACCUUGGCCUAAGCUUUAUUUCUGGGGAUGUAUCUGAUAAGCAGGCCUCUAAUGAACUUUCCAAGAUAGCAAACAGCCUUACAGGGUCCAAUACUACCCCGGGAAGUUUCCUGUUUUCUUCUUGUGGAAAAAACACUGUAAAGAAAGAACUUGAAACUUCAAAUUGUGACUCUCUGUUGGGCUUGCCUGAGGGUGCCUUGAUCUCUCCACGGUCUGGAGAGAAGAAGAAGCCCCAGCGCGGCCUGGUGUGCAGCUCUAAAGUGCAGCUCUGCUAUGCUGGAGCAGGGGGCGAGGGGAAGCGGAGUGAUUCCAUUAGUGUUUGCACCACUUCUGAUGAUGGAAGUAGUGAUCUGGACCUCGUAGAACACAGCUCAGAGUCUGAUAACAGUGUUCUUGAGAUUACAGAUGCUUUUGAUAGGACAGAGAACAUGUUACCCAUGCAGAGAAACGAGAAGGUAAAGUACUCCAGGUAUCCUGCCACAAACACUAGCAUAAAUGCAAAGCAGAAGUCCCUUGUUACGAACUCACAUACAGACCACUUCAUGGAUUGUACCAAGACAGCAGAGCAAGGGACUGAGACACCUCAGGUUAAUGUUUCUGACCUUACGGUGUCCUCUCUUGUCCACAAACCUCAGUCGGAUUUUAGAAAUGAUGUUCUCUCUCCCAAAUUCAACUCACCUCCAAGCAUUUCCAGUGAGAACUCACUAAUAAACAUUGGGGCUACCAAUCAAACUCUGUUACAUUUGAAAAACAAACAGCCUAAGUUUCGAAGUAUAAAGUGUAAACAUAAAGAAAAUCCAGUUGUGGUAGAACCCCCCAUUACAAAUGAAGACUGCAGUUUGAAGUGCUGCUCUUCCGAUACCAAAGGCUCUUCUUUGGCCAGCAUCUCUAAAAGUGGGAAAAUGGACGGGCUGAAACUACUGAGCAACAUGCACGAGAAAGCCAGGGACCCGAGUGACAUAGAGUCGGCCGUGGUGAAACACGUCCUGUCAGAGUUGAAGGAGCUCUCCUACAGAUCCUUAACUGAGGAUGUCGGUGAUUCUGGAACUUCAAAGCCGUCAAAACAGUUACUUUUUUCUUCUUCUAGUCAAAAUCACCUCCCUAUUGAACCAGACUACAAAUUUAGUACCUUGCUAAUGAUGUUGAAAGACAUGCAUGACAGUAAAACCAAGGAGCAGCGGCUGAUGACGGCUCAGAACCUGAUCUCUUACCGGAACCCUGGGCGUGGGGACUGUUCUACCAGUGGUCCUGUAGGGCCUUCUAAGGUUGUGGUUUCAGGAGCUUCCACCCACAAUUCAGAAAAAGAUGGAGAUGGCACUCAGGACGCCGCACACCCAAGCCCUAGCAGGAGUGGCCCUGCACUGUCGGGGGAGUUGUCUGCCUCCCUACCUGGCUUGGUGUCUGACAGAAGAGACCUUCCUACUUCUGGCAAAAGUCGUUCAAACUGUGUUACUAGGCGCCACUGUGGACGAUCAAAGCUGCCACCCAAAUUUCGAGAUGCCUUUUCAGCCCAGAUGGGAAAGAACACAGUGAACCGCAAAGCCUUAAAGACAGAACGUAAAAGAAAGCUGAACCAGCUGCCAGCUGUGACGCUUGAGGCUAAAUUGCAGGGAGAUAGAGAAAGUGGAGGUGCAGAGAGUGGCUCAGCAAAAGGUGGGGCAGAAGAUCCUGGUAAGGAAGAACCUGUACAGCUAGUCGGCACUUUAACAAGUGAAGAUGGUACUUGUUUUUCUGGCAUUCAUUUUGAUACGAAGGUUAAACAGUCUGACCCUGAUAAAAUUCCUGAAAAAGGCCCCGCUUUUGAAAACAGAAAAGGCCCAGCAUUGGAGUCUGAAAUGAACAGUGAGAAUGAUGAACCCAGUGGUGUAAAUCAAGUGGUUCCUAAGAAGCGGUGGCAACGUUUAAACCCGAGGCGCACUAAACCUCGUAAGCGUACCAACAGGUUUAGGGAGAAGGAGAACUCUGAGGGUGCCUUUGGGGUCUUACUUCCUGGUGACCCUGUGCAGAAGGCAGGGGAUGAGUUCCCAGAACAUAGAGCUCCUCCUCCAACAAAUGCAGUGGAGGAUACACGGACAGAUGCAAAUAAAGCCAGCCGCUUAGAUUCAGUUGGGCCACAGUUGAAUGUCUGUGAUAAAUCUAGUGCCAGCGUCGAUGCUACGCAGAAGGAGCCAGGAAUCCCCAGUUUGACACCACAGACUGAGCUCCCUGAACCAGCUAUGCGGUCAGAGAAGAAACGUCUUAGGAAGCCAAGCAAGUGGCUUCUAGAAUAUACAGAAGAAUAUGAUCAGAUAUUUGCUCCUAAGAAAAAACAAAAGAAGGCACAGGAACAGGUGCACAAGGUAAGUUCCCGCUCUGAAGAAGAAAACCUUCUAGCCCGAUGUCGAUCUAGUGGUCAAAACAAACAGGUGGACGAGAGUUCUUUGAUUUCAACCAAAGAAGAACCUCCAGUUCUUGAAAGGGAGGCUCCAUUUUUGGAGGGGCCUUUGGCUCAGUCAGAACUUGGAGGUGGACAUGCUGAGUUGCCACAGUUGACCUUGUCUGUGCCUGUGGCUCCGGAAGUCUCUCCACGGCCUGCCCUUGAGUCUGAGGAGUUACUAGUAAAAACACCAGGAAAUUAUGAAAGUAAGCGUCAAAGAAAACCUACUAAGAAACUGCUUGAAUCCAAUGAUUUAGACCCUGGAUUUAUGCCCAAGAAGGGGGACCUUGGCCUUUCUAAAAAGUGUUAUGAAGGUGGUCACUUUGAGAAUGGCAUUACUGAGUCGUGUGCUACGUCUCGUUCAAAAGAGUUUGGUGGAGGCACUGCCAAGAUAUUUGAUAAACCAAGGAAGCGAAAACGACAGAGGCAUGCCGCAGCCAAGGUGCAGUGUAAAAAAGUGAAAAAUGACGACCCUUCAAAAGACACUCCAAGCUCAGAGGGAGAACUGAUGACAAACAGGACGGCUGCAAGCCCCAAGGACGCUGCUGAGGACGGUGGUGAACUUGAUCCUGGAAUGCCUUCUUCUAAAAAAAUGCAGGGCGAACGAGGUGGAGGAGCGGCUCUCAAGGAGAACGUCUGUCAGAACUGUGAGAAAGUGGGUGAGCUGCUGUUGUGUGAGGCGCAGUGCUGUGGGGCCUUCCACCUGGAGUGCCUUGGGUUAGCGGAGAUGCCACGAGGGAAGUUUAUCUGCAAUGAGUGUCGCACAGGAAUCCAUACGUGUUUUGUAUGUAAGCAGAGUGGGGAAGAUGUUAAAAGGUGCCUUCUGCCCUUGUGUGGGAAGUUUUACCAUGAAGAGUGCGUCCAGAAGUACCCUCCGACUGUCAUGCAGAACAAGGGCUUCCGGUGCUCUCUCCACAUCUGCAUCACCUGUCACGCCGCUAACCCGGCCAGCGUGUCUGCCUCCAAAGGUCGUCUGAUGCGCUGUGUCCGCUGCCCUGUGGCGUACCACGCCAACGACUUCUGCCUGGCCGCCGGUUCAAAGAUCCUUGCUUCUAAUAGUAUCAUCUGCCCAAAUCACUUCACCCCCAGGCGAGGAUGCCGAAACCACGAGCACGUUAAUGUGAGCUGGUGUUUUGUGUGCUCAGAAGGAGGAAGCCUUUUGUGCUGUGAUUCCUGCCCUGCUGCUUUCCAUCGUGAAUGCCUAAACAUUGACAUCCCUGAAGGAAACUGGUACUGUAACGACUGCAAGGCGGGCAAGAAACCGCACUACAGGGAGAUCGUCUGGGUGAAGGUCGGGCGGUACCGAUGGUGGCCAGCUGAAAUCUGCCAUCCUCGAGCUGUUCCUUCCAACAUCGAUAAGAUGAGACAUGAUGUGGGCGAGUUCCCUGUCCUCUUCUUCGGUUCUAAUGACUACCUGUGGACUCACCAGGCCCGUGUCUUCCCUUACAUGGAGGGGGACGUGAGCAGCAAAGAUAAGAUGGGCAAAGGAGUGGACGGGACAUAUAAAAAAGCUCUUCAGGAAGCCGCAGCAAGGUUUGAGGAGUUAAAGGCCCAAAAAGAGCUAAGACAGCUGCAAGAAGACCGAAAGAAUGACAAGAAACCACCGCCUUAUAAACAUAUAAAGGUGAACCGCCCCAUCGGCAGGGUCCAGAUCUUUACCGCAGACUUGUCUGAGAUCCCCCGCUGCAACUGUAAGGCCACGGAUGAGAACCCCUGCGGCAUCGACUCCGAGUGCAUCAACCGCAUGCUGCUCUACGAGUGCCACCCCACGGUGUGUCCUGCCGGCGGGCGCUGCCAGAACCAGUGCUUCUCCAAGCGCCAGUACCCAGAGGUGGAGAUCUUCCGCACGUUACAGAGGGGCUGGGGUCUGCGGACAAAGACAGAUAUUAAAAAGGGUGAGUUUGUGAAUGAGUACGUGGGCGAGCUCAUCGAUGAAGAGGAGUGCAGAGCCCGCAUCCGCUACGCCCAAGAGCACGACAUCACUAACUUCUACAUGCUCACCCUCGACAAGGAUCGAAUCAUUGAUGCUGGUCCCAAGGGAAACUACGCUCGCUUCAUGAAUCACUGCUGCCAGCCCAACUGCGAGACUCAGAAGUGGUCUGUGAACGGGGACACCCGCGUUGGCCUCUUUGCCCUGAGUGACAUCAAAGCAGGCACUGAACUCACCUUCAACUACAACCUCGAAUGUCUUGGCAAUGGAAAGACCGUUUGCAAGUGUGGAGCCCCGAACUGCAGUGGCUUCUUGGGUGUGAGGCCAAAGAAUCAACCCAUUGCCACAGAGGAGAAAUCAAAGAAGCUCAAGAAGAAGCAGCAGGGGAAGCGCAGGUCCCAGGGUGAGGUCACAAAGGAGCGUGAGGAUGAGUGUUUCAGCUGUGGGGACGCCGGCCAGCUCGUCUCGUGCAAGAAGCCGGGCUGCCCGAAAGUAUAUCAUGCAGACUGUCUCAAUCUGACCAAGCGGCCAGCAGGGAAGUGGGAGUGUCCUUGGCACCAGUGUGACGUCUGUGGGAAGGAAGCAGCCUCCUUCUGCGAGAUGUGCCCCAGCUCCUUUUGCAAGCAGCAUCGGGAGGGGAUGCUGUUCAUUUCCAAACUAGACGGCCGCCUGUCUUGUACUGAGCACGACCCCUGUGGGCCCAACCCUCUGGAACCUGGGGAGAUCCGUGAGUACGUGCCUCCCCCGGUGCCGCUGCCUCCAGGCCCAAGCACCGUCCCGGCAGAGCAGUCGUCCGGGACAGCUGCUCUGGGGCCCAAGACGCCUGAUGAGGCACCUGCUGACACUACCCAAACUCUGCCGCUCUCCAAAAAAGCUCUGGCAGGGACUUGUCAGAGGCCACCGCUGCCCGAAAGACCUCUUGAGAGGACUGACUCCAGACCCCAGCCUUUAGAUAGGGUCAGAGACCUCUCCGGGUUAGGGACCAAACCCCAAUCCUUGGUGUCCAGCCAGAGGCCACCAGACAGGCCACCUGCAGCGGCAGGACCAAGGCCCAUGGUAUCCGACACACCCACCCCAGCACCUGGUCCAAGCUCCCCACCCUCGGUCCGGUCCCAGCCACUGGAACGACCUCCUGGGACAGCUGAGCCGAGGCUGGACAGAUCCAAAGGUGCCCCCAGCCCGAGGCCCCAGGCGCUGGGGAAGGCGCCAGUCCCAGCAGGCCUGAGACCCCCGCCGCCGGACAGGCUGCUCGUCACCAGCGGUCCCAAACCCCAGACUUCCGAUAGGCCCCCAGACAAGUCCCAUGCCUCUUUGUCCCAGAGACUCCCGCCUCCGGAGAAAGUACUGUCAGCUGUGGUCCAGACCCUGGUGGCCAAGGAAAAGGCAUUAAGGCCUGUGGACCAGAAUACUCAGUCAAAAAAUCGAGCCGCGUUGGUGAUGGACCUCAUAGACCUAACGCCCCGCCAGAAGGAGCGAGCAGCUUCUCCCCGUGACGUCACGCCACAGGCUGACGACAAGGUGACCGUGUUGGAGUCAAGCUCAUGGGCUGCCAGCAGAGGCCUGGGGCCUGCGUCGCGAGCUGAGAAAGGCAGCGUGUCGGAUCCUCUUCUGCAGCCAGCUGGGAAGGCAGUGGCCCCUUCAGAACACCCCUGGCAUGCUGUUAAAUCGCUCACCCAGUCCAGACUCCUUUCUCAGCCUCCUACCAAGGCUUUUUUAUACGAGCCAACAACUCAGGCGUCAGGAAGAGCUUCUGCAGGGGCUGAGCAGACCCCAGGGCCUCCCAGUCAAGCUCCGGGCCUGGUGAAGCAGGUGAAGCAGUUGGCUGCAGGCCAGCAGCUACCUGGACUUUCUGCCAGGAGUGGACAGUCCUUCAGGUCUCUUGGGAAGACCUCAGCCUCCCUCCCCACUGAAGAAAAGCUGGCAGCCACAGAGCAGAGUCCCUGGGGCCUGGGGAAAACCUCAUCGGGGGCCGGGCUCUGGCCCAUAGUGGCUGGACAGACACUGGCACAGUCUUGCUGGUCUGCUGGGAGUUCACAGACAUUGGCACAGACUUGCUGGUCUCUCGGAAGAGGACAAGACCCCAAACCAGAGCAAAAUACCCUUCCGGUUCUUCACCAGUCUCCUCCUGGUCGCAAGUGUGCAGAGUCUGGGCACAAAUAAUGCCAGUAAAUGUCACGUGGCCUGACAGGCCACCCCCAGGGUACCAUUUGUGGAGGGAAAUCUUUCUUUUUCCAAAAACAAGCUCGCCCCAACCCUUUCCAGCUGUUAUUCUCUCCUUAUCCCAACACUCAGAACUCUGCUGACGUCCGCAGUGGGUCCGCGGCUGUGCAAGCCAUCCAUGGGGGUCCAUGUGGGCCCCAGCCAAGGAGGGCCACAGGCUCGGGUCUCUUCCCCCGACUUUUACACGUGGUCAACCUGAAAUAAAAAGUCCACUCUGGAGUCAA